UGGUCCGGUAUUGUUCCGUAGUUUGUUUUUCAGAAAUGGCUUCCGGGUUUACAGAAGAAAUAGUGAAAGAUUUUAUCAUUAAAAAUGGAUGUAAAGUGACAAAUCAUGAACUUGUUACAAAGUUUAAAACGUUUUUAAAUGAUCCAGAAUUCAAAGUUCAGAACAGAGAGAAAUUCAAAGAUUAUGUCAACACACUAGCAACAAUUAAAGUAGAUGAGAAAGGAGAGAAAGUUCUUGUUUUAAAGAAGAGAUAUAGACCUGACAAUGAGAACCAAACUGACAGGGCUAUGUCUGAACCUCCAGACAAACUUUCUGGAGAUGACUUCGAUGGUGGUGGGAUGUCAAAGGUCAGAAGUGAAGGUCAUCUGAGUGUUAAGGACAAUAACUCUGAAACAUCAUCAUUAAGAGGAAGUAUGGAUACACUGUCUGCUUCAUCUCUAGCAUCUUCUACUACUUCCCAGAAUUCCUCAGAUCCUCAGCCAAAUGAGCAAAUGUCCAAAUCAAAAGAGGAUGUCAAUGAUUCUGUGAUCAGUGUCAAAGAUCGAGCCAAACAUUUGAACAAAAUACAGUCGGAAAGUGAAUUACAGCUGACAAGUGAACCAAAUUUACGACGAAAGGAUAUCACCAGACAUACAAGAGACAAUAGAGAAAAUGAUGUUGAUGAUGAUUCACAUUCCUCUGGCGGCGGCUAUACAUCAUAUACACCAGAACAAAAAGAAUGGCUGGUUACAUGUUCUUCUGGAGAAUAUCAUGAAAUACACAGAGUGUUAACUAAACAUCCAUUUAUAGCAAAAACUAGGGACUUCACGAAUGUAAGUAUAAAAUAUUUACAUAUUUAACUGAAAAACCGUUUUUAGGAAUUUGUGUUAAAUUGCAAUGAAAUAAAAUCACAUAAACAGCUGUUACAAUUAUUUUGAAAAGUUUUGAUUCAAAUAUCAUAAAUCCAGCAUAUGUUGGUAUGUAAGUGACUGUUUACUGUUGAAAUAUCUUAAACUAAUAAAAAAAUAUUACUGUAGUGAAAAUCAAGAUAUA